AUGUUCGAAAAGCCAUUGCUGCUGUUGGCUGUGAUUGUUGCUGUUUCUGCCGUCGGAAAUGGCUGCCAACUCGGCAAAGCAAUCUAUAAACCUGUUAUUGAUGGUACGCCUGUUUAUUGGCCACCUUCUUGGACCGAAACCCAACCGGCCCCACAGCUGGAGACGGAGCAGUCGUGCAGUUGGAUUGUGACAAUUCCGCGAGGAUAUUAUGCAAAACUGAUAAUCAGUGGAAAGACAACUGACAAGGACUCACGAUUUCAAACUGUCGAUACUGCAGGAAAUCUUGUUCAAACCACCCAAGAAAACAUGGAACCAUAUUAUUUCCCAUCUCCAAAGUUUACCAUCGCUGUCUCCAACACAGGAUCAGCUACAUUCGCUUUUAAAGUUGUCUGGUUUCCUCUUCCAUAUCUGGAUGACAGUAUUAGAGUUGGGCCUCUUGCAAAAGUGAUGAAUGCAACAAGUACAGUAAAUUAUAACAAUUACUGGGAUGCUAAUUCCAACUCACUUACUUUGAUGACAUUUCCGGCAGACACGAAGAAUUAUUACUCAUUAAGGAGCACACUUGUUUUUGAUGGACCUGGUUUGAGCUCUGGAUGUUAUAUUUCAAAUCUCUAUCAACUCUAUCAGACCACAAAUCAAUGGACAAGCAGUCAAAAAUCUAUCAUUGUAUUGAACCUUGAAGCCAGUAGUUCUAACGAUAAACUACUUUUUCUAUCAUCGAAAUAUUUGGCUGGAAUCGGAGAGAUGGUGAAGCUUCAGCCUCAGGCCAACUCAAUCUAUAACGGAACUGUGAACGGUCUAAUGUCUUCACUCGUUGCAGUAACUGAUCUCCCAAUGCAAAUGAUUGAUGUUCAAAUGGAAAGUGCCUCUACUGUUACAGUCUACAAUGGUUCACCAGCCGUAUACGCUCUCAAUAAAACUUAUACAGGAACUCAACUGAAAAACGCGCUUCCAUUGUCGUUUAGUGGACCCGUUGUGCAGUUUGUGGUCAGUAGUGGCAAAGCUGUAUUCACGUUCAAAAGUUAA